AGAAAACGAAACCAAAAGUUUGCAUUUGUAAGACGCCAUUUCAGAUUGCUGCACAAAAGUCUACAGGUUCUAUCAUAUUUAUUGGAGAGCACCGCUUGUUAAAAUGAGUCUCUCUGAGGAGAGAGAGGAGGGAGAUCCUGUUCAGAACCAGAUAGCAACAUCUCUAGAGCCCAGCUGUGUGUCUAUGAAGAGUGAUGAAUCCAUGCGAAUCCCUGUCACCUUCAGUGAUGGAGAAGUGAUCUUCAACCCCAGGAGAGCACCACUUGUUAAAAUGAGUCUCUCUGAGGAGAGAGAGGAAGGGGGAGAUCCUGUUCAGAACCAGAGAGCAACAUCUCCAGAGCCCAGCUGUGUGUCUAUGAAGAGUGAUGAAUCCAUGCGAAUCCCUGUCACCUUCAGUGAUGGAGAAGUGAUCUUCAACCCCAGGAGAGCACGAGGUGAGGUGACAGAGGAGGGAGUUCAGAACCAGAGAGCAACAUCUUUAGAGCCCAGCUGUGUGUCUAUGAAGAGUAAUGAAUCCAUGAGAAUCCCUGUCACCUUCAGUGAUGGAGAAGUGAUCUUCAACCCCAGAGAUGAUCAGACUGGAGAACUGCAGGAUUCUAACUUACCAAAAGAUGAUGAACUACAGAAAGCCAAAGACCAACACAAAACCAGCAUGAAGAACAAGAAUGAGAGCUUAUUUGAGGGGAUCAAACUACAAGAGAAUCAAACUCUUCUGAACAGGAUCUACACACAGCUGUACAUCAUAGAGGGAGAAAGUGAAAAGGUGAAUGAAGAACAUGAGGUUUUGCAUAUGGAGAAAACUCCCAGAACACAACCCUCACAAGACAUUCCAAUCAGCUGCAAUGACAUCUUUAAACCUUUGGCUGAACCAGGAUGUGAGCAGAAAGACAAAAUAAAGGUUGUUCUUACUAAAGGCAUUGCUGGAAUUGGAAAAACCGUUUCUGUGCAGAAGUUCAUUCUGGACUGGGCUGAGGGAAAAGCCAAUCAGGAUGUAGAUUUCAUGUUUUUGCUUGCAUUUCGGGAGAUAAACUUGAUUAAAGAAGAUCAGUACAGUCUUCACAGACUUCUGGGUGACUUCAAUCCUGAACUUCAAAAUCCUGACUCAAAGAAUUACGAGGAGUGCAAAGUUGUGUUCAUCUUUGAUGGUCUGGAUGAAAGCAGAAUUACACUGAUGUUUUCAGACAGUGAGACAGUUUCUGAUGUAAAUGAGUCUUCAUCAGUGGGUGUGUUGAUGUCAAACCUCAUCAGAGGAGAGCUGCUUCCCUCUGCUCACAUCUGGAUCACCUCCAGACCAGCAGCAGCCAAUCAGAUCCCCUCCAAAUACAUCAACCGUGUGACAGAAAUUCAAGGAUUCAGUGACCCUCAGAAGGAAGAAUAUUUCAGGAAAAAAAUUAGUGAGGAGCAUCAAGCCAGCAGAAUCAUCUCACAUAUUCGAAGAUCAAGAAGCCUCCACAUCAUGUGCCACAUACCCGUCUUCUGCUGGAUCUCAGCCAAUGUGCUUCAAAACCUCCUGAAACUAGAUGACAGUGUAGAAAUCCCUCAAACUCUGACUGAAAUGUACAUCCACUUUCUACUCAUUCAGAUAAACACAAGGAAUCAGAAGUAUGAAGAGAGAGAUCCAAAGAAUCUCUUGCAGUCCAACAGAGAAGUGAUUUUGAAACUUGCUGAACUGGCUUUCAAACAGUUGAUUAAGGGCAAUGUUAUGUUUUACGAGGAGGAUCUAAGCGAGUGUGGCAUAGACAUCACUGAUGCCUCAGUGUAUUCUGGGAUUUGCACUGAGACCUUUAGGGAGGAAUCUGUGAUUCAUCACAGGAAAGUCUACUGCUUCAUACAUCGGAGCUUUCAGGAGUUUCUAGCAGCUUUAUGUGUAUUUUACUCCCAUCUGAUGAAGAAAAUGGAACCAUUGCAGUUCUUUCUGGAUAACAGAUCUGAGAGCUACACAUCUAAGCCAAAGUCUUUGUGUGAGCUUCUAAAAUCAGCAGUUACUAAAACUCUUCAGAGUAAUAAUGGUUACCUGGAUCUUUUUCUGCGGUUCCUGUUGGGCAUCUCACUGGAGUCUAAUCAGAGACUCUUAGAGGAUCUACUGACACUUACAGAAAAAAGCUCAGAGACCAUCAGAGAAAUCACACAGUACAUUAAAGACAAAAUUAAGGAAAGUUAUGGUCUAUUGGCUGACAGAUCCAUCAGUCUGUUCUUCUGUCUUCUUGAAGUAAAUGAUCAGACUCUGUACAGAGAGAUUCAGGAGUUUGUGAAAUCGGGUGAACAUUCAGAGAAUAAACUCUCCCCUGGUCACUGCUCUGCAAUAACCUACAUUCUUCAGAUGUCAGAGGAAGUACUGGAUGAAUUUGAUCUCAAUAAAUACAACACAUCAAAUGUGGGUAGAAGGAGACUAAUACCAGCUGUGGUUAACUGCAGAAAAGCUCUACUUGUUGGAUGUAAUCUAUCCGAUCAGCAUUGUGAAAGUUUGUCUUCAGCACUGCGAUCAUCAAACUCCUGUCUGACAGAGCUGAACCUGAAUAACAAUAACCUGCAGGAUUCAGGAGUGAAGCUACUCUCUGUUGGACUGAAGAGUUCAGACUGUCAACUGAACAUACUGAGAUUGACAGGUUGUAGAUUGACUGGUGAUUGCUGUGAAAGUCUGUCUUCAGCUUUACAGUCAUCGAACUCCCAUCUGAGAGAGCUGGACCUCAGUAACAAUAGCCUGCAGGAUUCAGGAGUGAAGCAGCUGUCUGUUGGACUGAAGAGUUCACAUUGUCAACUGAACAUACUGAGAUUGGUCACCUGUAAUAUCACUGGUCAGUGCUGUGACAGUUUGUCUUCAGCUCUACAAUCAUCAAACUCCCAUCUGAGAGAGCUGGACCUGAGUAACAAUGACCUGCAGGAUUUCAGAGUGAAGCGGCUGUCUGCUGGACUGGAGAGUUCACACUGUCAACUGAACAUACUGAGAUUGUCUGGCUGCAUGGUGACAGAGGAGGGCUGUUGUUAUCUGUCUUCAGCUCUAAAAUCCUCACAUCUGACAGAACUGGAUCUGAGCUACAAUCACCUAGGGGAUUCAGGAGUAAAGCUGCUGUCUGAUAGACUGAACCAUUCAAGCUGCACACUUAAUGUGGAUCAUGGAGGAAAGUUGAGGAUUACAACAGGGCUACACAAAUAUGCCUGUAAUCUCACACUGGAUCCAAACACAGCACACACUCGCCUCAUUUUAUCUGAGAAGAACAGAAAGGCGACAAAUGUGGAAGAGUAUCAAUCAUAUCCUGAUCAUCCAGAGAGAUUUGAUGGGUGUCCUCAGGUUCUUUCUAGAGAGAUUCUGUCUGAACGCUGUUACUGGGAGGCUGAAUGGAGUGGAAAUGCUAUUAUAUCAGUGACAUAUAAAGGAAUCAGAAGGAAAGGAGGAAGUUGUUCCUGUGAAUUUGGAUACAAUAAAAACUCUUGGAGUCUAAUAUGCUUUAAUAACAGAUUUACUGUCUGGCACAAUCUUAUUUCAAUUGACAUAUGUGUUCCUUCACACUCCUGUAGAAGAGUUGGAGUGUAUGUGGAUUUGUCAGCUGGCAUUCUGUCCUUCUACAGUGUCGCUGACACAAACACUCUCACUCAUUUGCACACGUUCAACAACACAUUCACUGAGUCUCUCUAUGCUGGAUUUACAGUUUUUGAUUCUGUGUCUCUGUGUCAGUAAGUAAAAAGAGAACAGCACAGUGUAAGAGUCGCAGCACAGCUCAGCAUGGGGCAUGACAUGCCUCCAAGCUGUCUUAUUCGUUUUGUUAAUAAAUGAAGAGUUCAUUUGCAAAAACGAUAAACGCCACUUUUAAAAAAAAAACAUUAACUGACUGCUGUGUGUCAUUCUUCAAAUAUAGAACAUUCUGAACCCUAAAUACAUUUUGUGAGAAAAGCCGGUAUUUUCCACUGUCAAGGCAUCACGAGUUCAAGUUCUACAGCAGAAACCGACAAGCGGCCUGGUUGUUUGUGUACAGAAACCGAUAAGUCCCUUUUAGCGAAUCAGCGUGCAGUAUUCAGGUCAGGUGACAAGGCUGCUAGUCACUUCAAAAAGACGUGCUAGCUGAGGGGAGUUUCGUCAAAGCUGACUAAAAUUGAUUGUGUAUUUUUAAUUUCAACUCCUGCAAGUCCUUUUACACCAUACACUUCUUACAUGUUGAACCCUUGGUUGUCCUUUUGCAUCUGUCUGAGUGUUUUUGUGUGUCAGUCUUUUGCAGUGUGUGUGUGCGUUUGUGUGUUUGAGUGUGUUUUAAGUGCAAUUACAAAGCAAUUACUUGGUUUGGUCAAACUCUGAAACAUGGUAUUAUUAAAUGUGGUAUUAUCUGCUUUUGUCAAAAAAAACUUUUAAUAUGGAAAAAAAAAUUUAAUGAACCUUAAUCUUGUAAGUUACUUUAGUAUUUUUUGGAGUUAUUAUUACUUAAUCAAAACAACCCAACUGCAGUUUGAUUGAUAUUAUUUGGAAUACACAAUAAAAAAACAUGAUUUGUGAGAAUAAAUACAAAUGGAGUUAUGUUUUUGCAAAUUAACUCUUCAAAUGUUCUCUGUUUAUAAGUUCUAUGUUGUAUGUAUAUAAGCAAGUUUAUAUUUGUUUCUUAUUUAUUUGGUUCCACAGUGUUUGCUGUUUUUCAGUUUUUUAUUUAAACUUUGUGUAAGUUAUUUGUUAUUUUAUAUUAGGCCUAUUGCAAGGUGCAUGCCAUGCUUAUUUGCUUUGUUAAUUAAGCUGUCUUAUUCCUUUUGUUAAUAAAAGUUCUCUGUUUAAUAUAA